CGCCUGCCAGUGGGAGUUUGUAAACACUGGUACUAUUACUGACGCCUGCCAGUGGGAGUUUGUAAACACUGGUACCAUUACUGACGCCUACCAAUGGGAGUGUGUUAAACAGUGGCCAUGACUUAUGGAUGAGACUACUGAACUGAGUUUUAUUCUGCAUGAAUGGUUUGUCAUGAAUGCUUUGCAAUUGAAUUGAAUCUGAUUUUGUCACUCAGCGUUUUGGUUAUAUUAAACUGUUUAUCUGACAUGCUUAAAAGUUUUACCCAAGGGCUAUCCAUAUUUACUUACUGAGUUAUCUCAUAGUUUUCCUUGUCUACCAUUUCAGGAAGCGAAACCAAGGACGGGGAAACCGAGGGGAGUGACGAAUUAGAAGGCUAGCCAUUCAAUUGGGGUAUAAGUUUUAGAUUUUAUCAUCCUUUUGUAAGGUUGAUUUUAUUCACGAGAUUUUGUGAUUUGGAUAAGUUCCAAGCCUUGUGCAUUCGUGGGAUCCGUUCACGGGGACUUAAAAGAGAAAAUUUGGAUAAGGUCGGCAAAAAAUUUCCUUUUUCUUUCUUUCUUUUUUCUUCCUCAUCCAGUAGCGUGUACUGCUCUUCCUCUUCCCCCGACCCUCUGCAACCCGACGAGCCCCCAGCUACCGCCACCCAUUUCCGGCCGGGAACACCGGUAAAACUUGGGGAUUUCCCCUUCUUUCUUGUUCUAGAACACCUAUUCAACCCAGAAUUUUUCCAAAUCUGCUCUCUUCCCUUUGCCGUGAGUUCCCUGUUGCUAGGUGCGAAUUUCUGGGCUUUUCCGUUGCCGUGAGUCCUCCAUUUCUUUUCCCCGUCGGCUUCCUUCCUAGCUGGACCCGGUGCUGCUCGCCGGAAUUUUCUGGUACUUGAUUAUUCUGCACCCUAGCACUUGGGAUUAGUGUUCUGGUUGGUGUGAUUUGAGGUAAGUAAAUUUAUGGUAAGUAAAUUUAUGGUAAAGCCUUUUGAUUUUAAAGUAUAUUUUAAACUGUUUUUGAGAUGGUGGCAAGGUUUAAAUUGAUUUUAAAUUGAUUUUAUCAGCAUCUGAGUAUGAUUAAACCGAAAUGAAAAUUUGGAUGAUUUUUAAUGAGAAUUUCAUUGUUUUUUUGAAGUAGAGCAUGCCACUUGGAACUUACUGAACUGCUCUGAUGAUUUAAAAAUUUUUCGUAAAUUAUGAUUUUAUGUUAAAUCCAUGCCCAGAUGGGAUUUUCGGGUUACUUUUGAAAUUUGAGAUUUGAUGGUGAAUUAUGGAUUUUCUGGAAAUUCUGUAUGGUUUUGUCUCUGAUAUAGUCAUGAUUACUGACGCCCGCUAGUGGGAGUUUGUAAACGCUAGCACAUGUCGAUAUGUAUUUCUAUAGAACCGGUUCACCCUACCAAUGGGUGGGAGGUUGUUAAACACUGGUACUUCUGUAACCCUGCCAAUGUGGUUAAACAUUGGUUAUUACUGACGCCUGCCAGUAGGAGUUGUUAAACACUGGUACCAUUACUGACGCCUACUAGUGGGAGUUUAUUAAACACUGACCAUGACUUAUAGAUGAGACUACUGAUGAGUUUUAUUAUGCAUGAAUGGUUUAUCAUUGAAAGUUCUGUUUAUGCUUACAUGGUUUAUCUGGCAUGCUUAAAUUUUUAUCAAGGGCUGUCCAUAUUUUACUUAUUGAGAUAUUUUAUCUCACCUAGUUUUUCUUGUCUACCAUUUCAGGUAGUGAUACCUGACACGUGGGGAGCUGGGGGAGUGACGAGCUAGACGGUUAGGCAUUAUUUUGGAUUUAGAUCUUUUGGAGUUAGGCCACUAGUCUCACAUGGUUGACCCAAAUAACCAUUUUUAUAUACAGAGUUUCCUUGGUUAUAGCCAUAACU